AAUACAAGAUAUUUGAGAUUCAUAUUUCAGAUCUGAAGCAACACAUUUAAGAAAAAGCCACGUGACUCUUUCACUCUGCACUUUGGAUUAACAUUAUGGUAAACGUCACUGAUGGCCUGUGUGAUCCCAGAUUAGUGCAGACGCACAUCAGCUCUUAGAUUCAAUAGAAUAGAAUGCCUUUAUUAUCACUGAACAGCUGUACAACAAAAUUUAAGUGCAGCUAUAUAAAUAAAACGAUUAAAAUAGAAUAAUAAAACCAUCGACCCCCACAACUACAAAACUGUAACAGCAAUUCAGAGAAGUUCACCACAAUGUGAGUGUUCUAAUAAUUUGAAUGUCAGUGCACCAGGGCGAGCAUUUCCUUUGACUACGCUCUACCACCACUUAUCUACCAAGUCACAGAACAUUUCCUGUUGCAUCGAACACGUCAUCAAACUAAUUUUACUUGCCUGUUAUUAUGCAUUUCUCUGAUAUUCAAUCUGAAACACACUGACGUAAAACGUUGCACUUCCCCUCACAUCCCAUAACGGAUCCGUCACCACAUCCUGUUCAUACCAGCCUCAUGAGUCCAGUUAUCAGUGUGUGCUGUAUCCAGUUGUUUUUCAUUCAUCUUGAUGGCACUUCAUUUCCUCUUGGAAAUAAAAAGUCCCUGAACGCAGCACGGUGACACGUUCGGCCCCCUUUCCGUCACGUCAGCUCGAACAUGGCGGCGCCCCGUGCCGUGGUCGGUGUGGAGGGAGACAACAGCAGCGAAACGGGGCUGAUCCUGUCCGAUUCAGCCACCGGAGAGUUGAAGAGACCCCAGUUCGGGACACGUUUCCUCACAGACCCGCGGCAGGUCUUCCAGCACAACGCAUGGGACAAUGUGGAGUGGACUGAGGAACAAGAGGCGUCUGCUAAGAAGAAAGUCUCAGAAAACAAUCAGCCACUUCCUCCAGAAAAACAAGAGCAGUACGACAGCCGGGCAAAUGAGUUCUGGAACGAUUUCUACACAAUCCAUGAGAACCGUUUCUUCAAAGACCGUCACUGGCUCUUCACAGAGUUCCCAGAGUUGGCCCCGCAGUGUAAACUGGACCCUGAGUCCCGUCUUGAGGUCUCUGGCACAAAUGACGGUCUGCAGGACAGUCUGGAUCAAGAGCAAAGCAGGGAAGCUUCAGCCGUGUCUCACACCGAUGGGGACAUCCCCGGCUCCUCUGCCACAUAUCGCAUCCUGGAGGUUGGCUGCGGUGUGGGCAAUACAGUAUUUCCAAUCUUGAAGACCAACAAUGACCCGGGACUCUUCGUUUACUGCUGUGAUUUCUCCAGCACUGCGGUGGAGUUAGUCAAGACUAAUCCAGAGUACGACCCUGGGCGCUGCUUCGCCUUUGUUCAUGACUUGAGUGAUGUGGAAGCCAAUUACCCCGUCCCCGAUGGAAGCCUUGAUGUUAUAGUGCUAAUCUUUGUGUUAUCAGCGUUGCAUCCCAACAAGAUGCAGGCAUCCAUCAGUAGAUUAGCACGGCUGCUGAAGCCAGGGGGAGCGAUGCUGCUCAGGGACUACGGACGCUACGAUAUGGCACAGCUUCGCUUCAAGAAAGGGAGGUGUCUGUCAGAAAACUUUUAUGUCCGAGGUGAUGGCACAAGAGUGUAUUUCUUUACUCAAGAUGAGCUCCAUCAGAUGUUCGCUGAGGCAGGGCUAGAGAAAGUGCAGAACCUUGUGGACAGAAGGCUGCAGGUGAAUAGAGGCAAACAGCUGACCAUGUACAGGGUGUGGAUCCAGUGCAAGUACCGCAAGGCCUCGGCUCAGCCACAUGAAAUACAGGACUGAGACAGAGGGGAGAACAUAUCUGGCCUCACCCUCACUUCAGCUGAACUUCGACUCAAACCAAGAGCUCAAAUCUGGCCUUUUUCUGAGGAUGUUUGGAAUUGAGAAGCUCCAUUGCAAUUGUGAUAAAGAGGAUGCAACUGGAUAGUUAAACGCUGUAAAGGCCUUACUUUAAUCCAGCUGCUGUUGUGUUGAUGGACUUGUUUUAUUCCUGAUGGUGCUGCAAUUCUGCCUACAAGAGUGACGAUUUCUCAUUUUGCGCUGAUGAGUUCAGUAAUCUGAGAGGGCUGGUUACCCCUUAUUGAAAAUUAAUAUUCUGCCAGAUGUUGUUUUUAAUAAGCAGAUGUUUUGAAAUAAAUUGCAUGAUUUUUAAAAUAACUACAUGACCUUUUUGUACAUGCAAAAUCAAUAAAAAUCUCAGCUGUAAAUCUGUGACUUCUGUAUUCAAAA